AUGACUUCAAGACCACCGAUGGAGAACAGGCGCUCGUGGUUCGAGCAUAUCGCGGUUGCUGGAGAAACCAACGUAGACAUCGUUGCUGUUCCACCUAUCGGCGCACAUCAUAGAAAGACAUGGACAGUUCAUGGUGCCAAAUCUUCCUGGUUGGAUACAGAGUUGCUACAACAUCUUCCUCGCGCCCGAGUUCUUCUAUACAACUAUGGCGAACUGAAUGAACACGAUAAGAUCGACUCUCUAGGUCAACGUUUACUGAACCAACUCCUCAAUGAGAGGAAACAUGAUAGCCCCCGACGCCCAAUAUUUCUCAUCUGCCACAGCACCGGCGGCCUCGUCGUGAAAGCAGCUCUGGCCCUGGCAUCCCGGGCCGAGCCGAGCACCCUCCUUACCAGCUGCCACGGCAUCGCAUUCUUUGCAACGCCUCACCAAGGUUCGACCUAUCUCUCCGCUGACGAGUAUGCAGCCAGUAUUCGCCAUAUCUUGCAUCUGGAACAUGAAAGCCCCCAUGCCCUCAGGGAACAGUUCCGACCCCGCCAGGAACGAUUGUGGCAUCUUUCUAACCAAUUUAAGACGCUCUCCGCUGAUAUGAAGGUCUGGUCUUUCCUCGAGACUAUGGACUCAACCAUGCAUGUCGUUGACGCAGAGACGAAUAAUGUUCUGGAGUUUCAUGUUCCGAUUACCUCUAUUAGGUCGGGAUUACUGGAUAUCGAACAUGAGAAAGAAGUACCCAUUGCAACAGACCAUGCAGGGACGGCAACCUUUCAUGCCCAAGAAUCAACUCGGGACACAUUCUUGAAUGAGCUGAAUGAAGCUGUCACUAUUGCAGUGGAGAUAUCAAGACAUGAAGAUACACCCCUGGGCAUUGAAAAGAAAGUAAUGGUCCAAAUCAACGGUUUCUUCGAAGAUACCGCGCUAGGCGUCAGUGACGAAAGUCCACUGAAACUAUGGUCGACCAAAGUCUCCUUAGAAGACUACCUCGCACGAGGGCCAUCAGCAUGUCUCAGGGAAAGAUUAGGUCGUGUCCAGCCCAGCGGAUUGGAUGAUUCGUCUAUCAGCAGCUUCGACAGUCCGCGCUCCUCGUAUAUUGCUCCAGCAUCAGACACAGCCGAGCAUAAUGAGCGCUCAGAAGAAAUUCGUCCGCUACGUCCUCCUCUGCCGUAUAGUCAAAGCUUUGAAGAUGCUGUCCAUCCCUCGCCCAGGAUUCAUAUCACAGAAGCGGCUAUGGAUGGCUAUUUUGAGAGUCCGCCUGCUGAAAGUCCGCCGCCGGAUCGCAAACAGAAGAAUCCAAUAACGAAGGCUCUAGGGCUUAUUCCGUUAAGAGCGCGUUCGCGUUCACGUUCGCAUUCACAUCGGCGGAGUGCUUCGGAUAGUAGUUCUCAGGGGAGUAGUUCUCGACCUGCCUCAAGCUCGACAUCACCACCAAGGCAGUCCGUAUUCCUAACGAUCCCAAAGUCCACCCGAGACAGGAUAAAUCAAAACGCAGAGACUCCGGAUAUUCCUCGCUCGGUGCCACGCUUUGAUCGGCCGGAGCCUGACACUGAGAAGUUGGUCUGGAUUCAUGUUCCUUAUACCCAUACCGGCUGGGUGUCACAGGUUAUCCGACGAGCGUGCCAAGAUAGUCAGGACCCUAAUUUUCUUCGAAAAUUCAUCAAUGACAAGAAUUGGUACCUUCGACUUAACAGAGCCCGCCAUCUUGAACCUCAUGCUCGCUUCGUCCGGCCCGCAUGUAUUCAUUCAAGACAAAUGGAUAUCUCACAGGGGACACCAGGUGCUGCAGACGACCCCCAGCUCGCUUUAUAUACUAUACUGACCCGCCAGCUCCACUGGGACACAUACCGCAACCUAAUCCAACGACGAAAGGUAGUAGCAGACCGACUGCAACAGGGUCGGUCACGACCUGUCCCCGGCCGAAUCUCCAAAGCGAGCUUAGAAGCCCAAUUAAUAUGGUCUUACCUUGGUUGCGAACCACCAGUCCACUUCCGACGCACCCUCGACCAGUUUGGAUAUCCCAAUCUCCGCUCAACGAUCGCCCGCGACGAUGACCAGAUGCUAUGGAAGCGGACGCGCCGACCGGCACGCAUUGACGAGCAGCUCAGACAGUAUCUUCAGUCAACACAGGAUGAAGGCGAUGAGUCGGAGUAUGGCGAGUUCAUGGACGGGAAUGUAUUGAUGGUUGAUCAGCUCUGGCUUUGGAUUGUUGAUUCGAAGACUGUUAUUACCUUCUUUCCGAACCAGGAAGCGACUACUUCUGAAGGAAAGUUGUUUGAGCAGUCGAACCUGCAUAGUAGUAUCUACAAUGAGUUGAAUGGGGAUUUGGCGAGGAGGUUUGAGACUGCUGGUGAUUUGGCGGCGCUCAUUAUGUUGCAUGCUGUUACUGUUCUUUUGGAUAAGACUUUGCAUCGUAAUUUGCAGGUUUUGAGGAUCUUUGAGGAGUCCAUUAGUAUUUUGACUGAGUCCGUCACGAAAUCAUUCAAGCGCUUCCGAAAUAGAGGCUUCACUAAUCGUCCGGCGGACCAUGAUCGCACAAAAGAUGGCAAGAUUAUGACUGCUGCUGAGCGAGACUACCGUGAACGCCAAGUUGCGAAACGGAAUCGAGAAGAUCUGUCUGUUCUACUUGAGCUACGGGAUAUCGAGGACGAACUAUCCACCAUACUCAAGUUGCUUGAUCAACAAGACACUGUUAUCAAAAGUAUGGUCAAGUACUUUGAUAGCCGGGGAUAUGGCAAAGUCUUCCUCGAUACAGCACAGGUCCGAAUCGACGAAUAUCGUUCCCAGAUCCUCGAGAUGAAGGAGAACAGUCAUCUAGCUCAAAAAGCAGUUGAAACUCUCCUCGAUCUGAAACAGAAGCAAGCAAAUGUCGACGAAGCCAAAAUGGCCCGAUGGCAGGCCGAAGUCACGCAGACCCAGUCGCGCGCAGUAAUGGUCUUUACAAUUUUCUCGGUCGUGUUUCUCCCACUUUCAUUCUUCACUUCCCUCUUCGGCAUAAACGCUCGAGAAUGGAGCGGCGAGGCUACAAAUCUGACUCUGGGCCAGAUGCUUGAGAUAGCAGCCCCAUCCUCGUUUGCAAUAAUCUUCCUCUCGCUUCUCCUGGCUUUCAGUGAAACUCUCCGCGAAACAGUCUCCAAAUCUCACAAGAUAAGCAUAGGUCUGAUUAAAGAGUUCAUUCUGCAUCCUGUGAAAACAGUCUUGCAUUGGGAAACCAUUACACAUAAAAUGCCUGAUAUGGUUGUUCCCAAGAACUCCAACUUGCGUAAGCGAUUUGAUGAUUAUCUAGGUUAUGGGCGGAGAAAUAUGCAACUUGAUGAAGACAUUUGGCAGAGAUGGCAGGAGGAUCGGUAUGGGAUUGGGUCUGGGGCACUUGGAGAGGGGCCUUGGAUGGGGAAUGGGAAGGGGGAUGAGGCAGCAAAGAAGAAAUGGAGGCAACCCGAGGUUGUUCAGACGGAUGAGGCUUAG